AUGGAGGGUGCUGUGCGUGGAACCAAGUUUGCCAACUCCCCUUCCGGAUGGGUCAAUUCAGACGCAUUUAUUCAGUGGUUCUUGAAACACUUUCGUCCACAAAUUUCCAAACGGCCACUCGUGUUGCUCUACGAUGGCCACCUUCAGUUCGUUAGCGUUCGCGUUCUGGAACGUGCUCGAGAGGACGGCGUCCUUCUCUUUCCCUUGCCCCCGCAUCCUGCUUACAAUCACUGUGUUGAGAACACUUGUUUCCUUGCAUUCCAGAUGUACUUCGAAAAGCGGUUAGAACGCUUUUUUCAAAGGUCUCCGAAUCAGGCACUAUCAAAAUUGAAUGUGGCACCAAUACUGACACACGCCUACGAACGUGCCUUGCAGCCACAAAAUAUGAUCAGCCUCUUCGCUCAACUGGGGGUUUGUCCCUUCAAUAAUCUCGCAACAUCAAUCGGUGCCUAUCUAAAUAUUCCGGAUGACUAUGAUCAAGACGAGAUGUUGCUCCAACAUGACGAAAACGGGGACCAAGAGCAGACCUCCAGUGGAAGUGGCAGUUCUGCUCACUGGGGUAGCAGUACUAGUACUGCCUCUUUCAGUCUCCAGGCCGCCCUGGGAAUAGAACCCUCAAAUUCUGGCUUUGGCCAUCCUGGCUCGCAAAUACUCAUACCUACGUCAUCUGAACGUUCUACUAUAGGUGGUCAGUUUGUUCGUAGUAUGCUGUGUUUAUUGCCAACUGUAUGUUUUUCAAAAGCAAUUGCAUCAUCAUCUUACCUUGUAAUUGGUGCUUGCUAA